AUUGUGAAUUUUGCUGUCUCCAACUAUUACCUGGUUUUUGCAUUUGUUCGCGCAUUGUCUCUUCGUUCUCGCCCGCACUGGUUUUCUUUGCUUUUCUUCUAGUAUUGCCCGCCAUUGUAUCACAAAUUCUCAGAUACUCCAUAAACAUUAUAUAAUAAGCAUAAGGAAAGAUGGUUGCGAUCGAGCCUAGCUUGGAAGACAUGUAUGAGGAGAAAAAGCGCGUCAGGAAUCCCCUCGUUCCUGUCGGUGCGCUUAUGACAGCUGGAGUCCUAACGGCUGGACUGAUAAGUUUCAGACGCGGCAACUCUCAGUUGGGUCAGAAGCUAAUGAGAGUGAGGGUAGCCGUCCAAGGUGCGACAGUGGCACUUAUGGUUGGCACUGCGUUCUAUUACGGGGAUAAUCCCUGGAAAUCUCAGUAGACACCAUUGUUGGUGUACUGAUUCAGUGUUAUUGUUUUGAAGGCCUUGAGAGGAAAAUGUGCAUUGUGUUAAACAUUAUAGUUUUUUUUUUUUUAAUUUAAAAAUCUUCUGUAUGCAAUGCUGAAUAAAAUGUCAGUCAAAGAGGAGCAUUUAAGAAUUUAUUUCUUUGGGGAGAUAAAUCCCUGUAUAAGUUGGGAGUUGAAUACUUC